AUGGCGGUUCCCCCGAGCAAAAGAAGCCGAUAUGAGUCUAGCAGCGUCAAACCCAGGAAAGUUUCCAUCGAGGGGAAUAUAGCUGCUGGAAAAUCAACAUUGGUCCAGAUACUAGGACAAGCCAGCGAUGAUUGGGAUGUGGUAGCCGAGCCAAUUGCGCGUUGGUGUAAUGUGCAAACUGAGAAAGAAGAUUCUGAGGAGCUGACGGCAUCGCAAAAGAGUGGAGGAAACCUCCUACAGAUGAUGUACGAUAAACCUGAACGCUGGUCCUACACCUUCCAGAGUUAUGCCUGUUUAAGUCGUAUACGGUCACAGCUCAAAUCUCUCAGCGACAGAAUGAAAGAUUCUGCCCGUCCAGUUCAGUUCUUUGAGCGAUCUCUGUACAGUGACAGAUAUGUCUUUGCUUCCAACUUGUACGAAUCCGAUUGUAUCAAUGAGACUGAAUGGAUUAUGUACCAGGACUGGCAUGGCUGGAUACACAGCUGCUUUGGUAAAAAUAUCGAGCUCGAUGGCAUCAUCUAUCUUCGAGUGACACCUGAGAACUGUAUGAAGAGACUGACCCUGAGAGGUCGACAAGAGGAGAAGGAAAUUCCGAUUGAGUAUCUGGAGAAGCUUCAUGUUAAACAUGAGUGCUGGCUGCAACACAGGACUACACGGCUUCACUUUGACUACUUGAAUAGAGUUCCAGUUUUGACAUUAGAUGUUAAUGAAGAUUUCAAAGGGAAUGAAGCAAAAUGUCAUGACCUCAUUGAAAAGAUCAAGGGAUUUCUACACUCCAUUUAAUGCACCUAAAUUCCGUGGAACCAAGACAUUGGGCGGCGGUGGAGAAACGUAAGGCCC